UUACAACUGAUAAAUAGUGUGUGCUCUAAAGUCCCGUGUCCUUAUGCAUGUUAAACCAAUUGUGCAUUAUGAUCUGGUAAAUUGUAAAACUAGUCUUCGUAAAACGAUUUUCAAACAUGCGGACUUACACAAUCGUUCAUGCUACAGUGAUUUUCAUGGCGGUAGUGUACGAGAGUGACGGUUUAGAUUGUUGCAUGAAUUACACAGAUUUCUACGGCAACUAUCACUCCUCUCAGUUGUGUCAACACUACUGUUGCUGGUCUGUAAGUCUAACGGACAGGAAAGUAUGUUGUGACGAGGUAUGGAGGUGGAUUAUCAUCACAGGACCUGAGGAAACAAAACAAUGCUUCGAGAUAUGGGUUGAAGAGCACGCAUGGGUGAUUAACAUUGUCUUCGCAAUUAUCAUUGCUAUAUUAUCGCAAGUCUUAUUGUGGUGCUGCAGAUUGUGCCUCAGAUUGUGUCUUCACUAGAAACAGAGUGGCAUCUUGUGGAAAAGAUAUGGUGUUUAACAUGAGCAGCAGUUGACAGUAAAAACGCAUAUGGCAUAGGGGACUUGCUAAACAACUGUGUACUGCACUAUUUCGAGGACGGACUUAAAAUAAGCAGUUAAACAUCCAAAUGUUCUCACUUUGAAAGAUACAAAAAAUUGUUGAAAAUAUACUCGGAAUAUAAAUAUGACAUAACACACCCUUGAUUGUCACUUCGAUGUUAUUUCCCCAAAAAUUAAUAUAUGAAUGAAACAAAAUAUAUAGUUCAACUCAUACAAGUAUACAAUGAACAAAAAAGGUUCAUCUAA